GACGCACGCAUGCGCGCUCCUUCUCCAUGUGUGCUCGGGCCGUCACCCGGCCCAGCUAAGCAGAACACGAAUACCCCUCAGCGACGAGGCCUUAUCACGAGCUCCGCAGCCCCCACAGUCUGCUGUUGCCUUCCUUUCUCGGUCCAUCCCCACAGCGCGCGUCGCCAUGGGAAAGAGUCGGACGAAACGCUUCAAGCGACCUCAGUUCUCUCCCACCGGCAACUGUCAGGCCGAGGCGGCAGCAGCAGAGAACGGAGAAGAAGAUGACGAAGGGCCAGCGGCGGAGCUGCUGGAAAAGCUCCAGCACCCGACCGCCGAGGUUCGCGAGUGCGCCUGCGCGGGGCUGGCCCGGCUGGUGCAGCAGAAGCCGGUGCUCCCGGCUCUGGCUCGCCGCGAUGCUGUGCGCCGACUCGGGCCGCUGCUGCUCGACCCCAGCCUGGCUGUUAGGGAGACGGCGGCCGGCGCGCUGAGAAACCUCAGUGCUUGUGGAGGCUUUGAAAUUUGCGAUGACAUGGUAACUAAGGACGUCAUGACUCCUCUGGUGGCACUACUAAAAGAGUGUAGUGCUGGACUGGACUCAAAUGAGAUGUCUCCACAGGAGAAAAAAGAUCAGAGCAAAAAUUCUAUUGAGAACAUAGCCAAUGAGGCUGUGAAUGUGCUGUGGAAUAUAUGUGAAUGCAGUAGUAGAGCAGUAUCUAUAUUCAACAAAGAAGGGUGUUUGGAGAUUGUAUUAAAGUAUUUAAGUAGGUUUUCCACCAAUGUUGACCUGGCUAUUUCAGUAGCACACUGUUUGCAGACAGUGACUGAAGAUAACCCAGAGCUCCUGAAAUCUUUCAGUGCUACAGCGUUGCAGGUGCUGGAAUCGGCAAUGCUCUGUCCUGUCAGUUCCAUGGAAUACAUUCUAUUAAAGACAUUGGUAGCAGGCACAAUCUGGAAUCUGAAGGACGUCAUUCCGUCUAAGAGUCAGGCAGAGAUCAUAAAUGCCAUACUAAAGAUCUUAUCCGAAGUCUUGGAAAUGGAUGCUGGCGAAAUAGUUAUUCAGAUGAAGGAGGCUGAAACUCAGAGAUUAAAGACUGCGGCAGAGACUGAGGAAAUGUUAAAGAAUGUUAAUGGUGAUGAUUUGAUUGAAGACGUUGAAAUGGAAGAAAUUCCUCACAAAAGAAAAGUCAGAAGGAAAAAUUUUGUUUCCGAUUUACUUCCACCCACUGACAAGGAACUGAGAGAAACCAUAGCAGUGCUGACAGCUCAGCAGACGGCUCUGGAAAUUGUCGUCAACAUGUGCUUCAGUGAAGAUCCCUCUGACGACGAGUGGGAAGAGCUUUCCAGCAGUGACGAGAGCGAUGCGUGCAUGGAAAACUCCUUCAGUGAGUGUGGGGGACAGCUGCUGUCCCCACUCUGCCUCUCCCAUGAGAUUCACUCCGCUCUCACCAACUGCUUCAUCCCAAAGAAGGUUUUUGAGAAAACUGCCUCCCCAAACAAUGUUGCACUUGACAUAUGUUCAAGGAAUCCUACGUGGAAACCUUUGAUUAGAAAAAUGAACACUAUUCAGUGUAGAGCCCUCGUGUGUCUUCAGAGUCUGGUGUCACUCCUGGAUGUGGACCAUCUGGGAGGAGUUCCAGCCCUCCAAACACUCGCACAGCACCUGUCACAACUUGUGUUUUCUCAGCCAGAUUUUGCUAAACACGAUGACUUUCUGGAAGCCAUAAGUGGUGCCUUGCGGGCCCUUUUACAAACAAUGGCCUCCAAAAACAUUUCUCAGUGCAUGACACCUGAUCAGCUGAUGGCGUUCUGCAAGGCAGGCAUUCACAGUAGCAACAUCGGGGUCAGAGUGAAUGUCGUUAGCAUUUUAGGAAUCACAGGCAGUGUCCUCGCCAAAGAAGCUGGUACGGUUGAAACUCUUAAGACCACUGGGCGCUUUCUGCUUGAGGUAGCCACCAAAGAUCCCUCCCUUGUGGUAGCAGGAGAAGCUUUGGAUGCUCUCUUUGAUGUUUUUGCAGAUGGUGAAGAAGCUGAAAAAGCCUCGGUUCAAAUUAAAUUGUUAUCAGCUCUGAAAGAGUUCCAGCCAGUCUUCAAGAUGAAGAUACGAAAAGAAGGGAGAGGUAAAUACAGUCCAGAUCAGCUAUGUGUUCUCGACAAUGUGAAGAUGAAUUUGAGAAGGUUUGUUGCUUAUCAAGAAACUGUUGAGAAAAGACUAACUUCUUGAACCACGGGAAGAGAGAUCCGGGCUAGAGGAUGGAGCUCCGUGGAGAGCACUCGCUUAGAUGUGCAAGGCCCUGGGUCCCUCUCUCCACUGCAAAGAAGAGAGACGGGGAACGACAAGUUCUUCCUCAAAGUAUUUUUGGCUGAGAAUACUAAAGGGAUUCCUUUAUAUGUUUCUUAGAGGCCUUUUUUAAUGCCUUUAUUCUGAACAUUAAUUUGAGGUUCAUAAAAACUUCAAAUCCUGUCAGAAACUCCUGGUUAAGCCUUGAGAUCCCCGAGCAUUUCUGAUGUGCUCACUGUUGUCCCCAGUGUGUUGUCAUCACUCAAAACAAAACAUGGAAAUGCAGCUCAGCCUCAGGUGGUUCUUAACUACAGUGUGAACAGGAAUGAAACCUCAAUAUUAUUGUCCUUGAAUUUUGCAAGAAAGGAAAGCCCAGAUCAUUGCUUGGGUACUUUAUUAAAGCCUGUAUUACUUUAUAUUAGCUGAAUCUAUAACUGAAAUAUGAAGACAAACUUUGCAAAGUAUUUUUUUGGUAUGAAGUAGUAUGUACCAAUUAUGAACUUUUGUGAAGAAAUUAAUGAACUGAGUUUGUAUGUUACCCUCCAAAGAUUGUACUGAUGAGCUAAAUGAGGUGAUCGCCUUCCUCUUAAACAGGAAGGUCUGAUCAGCUAUUGUUUUGUAACACUGCCCCUUGAUUUAAUUUGAUAUAGAAUGAGAACUGGUAGAAAAUAUUUUUGAAUAAAUGACUUUUUAAUUGAAA